AAGUACAAAUUAUUUAAUAGUCUUCGUAGUGCAAGAAGAGUUAGUUCAUAUUCAUAAUGAAAUAUUUGUGUUUAGUAUUAUCGUUUUUUUAUUUCCAUUCGGUAAAAGCACAAUCAUUUGCCACAGAUACAGAAAUUGAUCCAGCGGAAUUGAGAUGCUUAGUAUGUGAAAAAAGUAUUUAUGAAAUAAACAGAGAAGUUAACAAAUUAGAUCCAAAUAAAAAAGUUGAUGUGGGAGGAUAUCGGCUCGAUGCAGAAGGCAAUUAUGAGCACAAAACCGUACCACAAACCAAAUCUGAACUAGCCCUUUCGGAAAUAAUCGAAGGAGUAUGUAACAAAAUGGAUAAUUACAUUCGUGCUAAAUGGAAGAACAACGGGUCUCUUACUCUACUAAAUAUGCUUACCGACAUUGGUACUAUGAAUCCAGAUUGGUCUGAUGUGGAUAUUAUACAAGAUGGUGAUCUCAAUAAAAGCCUCAAGUUUUAUUGCGAGGGCAUUAUGGAAGAACAUGAAGAGGACAUUAUAACGUUGUACCAAAAAGGAGAGACUGAUGUAUCGAAAGCCUUUUGUAUUACGCAGUCAAAUAUAUGUACAGAUUUUAAAUCCCCUAAACUGGAACUUUGAUUGUAAAAUCUUUUUCUUUAUGACAAAAUAAACUUUUUUUUGGUUUUUCUA